UUUACCUUGUUGGAUCUAGUCAGAGUACAAGUAUUGAAGUAUAUAUAUUUGAACAAGCAAUUGGAAAGGGAAUUAGAGAGGAAUAAAAGGAGAUGAUCCAAAUCCUACUUAUUUAAUUACAUUACGUUAUUUCCUAUAGUCUCCAAACUAUGUUAAUGGAUAAAUUAAUAUUCAAGCCGGACCAUAGCCGUCCGUGACAGCAAAAAUAUAACAAUGCACAAACAUUCUUCCUACAUAAGUCUUAUAUAUAUGUUCAUUUUCAAUGUCAAUCAUAUCUAACCAAAACAAAGAAAGAGCAACACUAGUAAUUCAUAUAGUAACUUCAUCAACUAAUUAUGGCUCUUUCUCGUGCUCUUUUCCUCCUUGCUCUCAUUGCUACUAUCUUCUCAACCAUGGCUAUGGCAAAAGAUUUUGUAGUUGGAGAUAAAUGGGGUUGGAGAGUUGGGGUUGAUUACCAAUCUUGGGCCGCAAACAAGGUCUUUCAUGUCGGGGACACAAUCACAUUCAACUACGUUGCUGGUAAGGACAAUGUUGUGAGAGUGAAUGGAAGUGAUUUCAAGAGUUGCUUAGUUCCUUUGACAUCACCGGUGUUGACUAGUGGACAUGAUACAAUUCUAUUCACAACCACAGGGAGAAGAUGGUACAUUUCAGGUGUUGCUGAUCACUGCAGCAUUGGACAAAAGCUUGUCAUAACCGUGCUACAACCAUCAUCACAUUUAGCUUUGUCUCCAGUACCUUCAGCCUCCCCGUCGCCAACACCCUCAUCACCUGUACCGGCCCCUGAAGCAGUAGAGUCGGAUGCACAGUGGUCUCCAGUACCUUCACCUUCAGCCUCAUCGUCGCCGUCACCUUCACCUACACCGGCCCAUGAAGCAGCAGCGUCCGAUGCACAGUGGUCUCCAGUACCUUCACCUUCAACCUCAUUGUCACCGUCACCUUCAGAUACACCAGCCCAUGAAGCAGCAGCGUCCGAUGCACAGUGGUCUCCAGUACCUUCACCUUCAGAUUCAUUGUCACCGUCACCCUCACCUAUACCGGCCCCUGAAGCAGCACCGUCCGAUGCACCAUGGACCGCACCCCGCCGAUCCCUGCUGCCAAAGAAGCUAUUCAAAAUUAUUCACAAAAAUUUUAUAGGUGCUUGAGUUUGGAUUAUUUCAUGUGUGAUGUUUUAGAGGGGCUAUUUUUUCUAGUUACUAAUAAUUAACCCCUUAUAUUAUCAUUAUUUAUUUGUUUAAAUAAAAAGAAUCACAUGUUA